AUGCAUUUCGAACUACAUAUGGCUGCUAUCUGGCCUCUGACACUGGCGCUGCUGCUUGUAGUCUAUCUACUGCAGCGAGCGCAAUCCAAUGCCUCGCUCAAACACAUUCCCAUCCUCAAGUUCAACCGCUAUCUGCCUGACUUGGUUAAUCGGCUCAUCUACUACCCCAAGGCUGCGUCGCUGAUCUAUCGAGGUUACAAGCAGUACAAGGAUUGUGCGUUUCGCAUGCUAACAGCAGAUGGCGAAGUAGUCGUUCUGCCUGUGAAAUACACCGAGGAACUGAGGAAACUGCCUCCUUCGACCAUCAGCUCUCUAGAUGCACAAUAUGAGAAUGCACUGGGAGAUUUCACCAAUAUCCUAAUCAAUAGUGCCCUGCCAUCAGCGACGGUUCGAAAGAGGUUGACUCCAAGCAUAGGACGAAUUACUCCCUGGGUCCUCGAUGAGCUGCGCUAUGCCUUUGACACUGUACUCCCAGAAUGCGAAGAUGAUUGGGUCCCCGUCCAAGCACACGAAAUGUUCGUCCAACUGAUCGCGUGCGCAACCUCGCGCGUAAUCGGCGGCGAGGCCCUCCGACGCAAUGAAAAAUGGCUAGAUACCGCAAGCAGAUACUCGGUCAAUGUCGGGAUCACAGUAUUCCUCCUACGCCCAUUCCCAACCUGGCUCCGGCCCCUGAUAGCGCCUUUCCUCCCCUGCGUGCGAGAGAUGAAAGAACAGCUACGGUUCGUGAAAAAUGACCUGUUCGUGCCGAUGAUCCGUGAGCGCAGAGCCGCCGAGCAGGCUAAUGACCCUGCCUACGUGAAACCGGAUGACUUCUUGCAGUGGAUGAUGGAGAUGGCUGAGGAAGAGGAGGAUAGGGAUCCCGAUCUGUUGGCGCAUCAUCUUCUCAUUCUUAUGAGUCUGGCCGUUGUGCAUACCAGUAGCAUGGCUAUGUGUCAGGCUCUGUAUGAUCUGGUUCUCAUGCCGGAAUAUCGAGCGCCUCUAAGGGAUGAGAUCACUCGCACGCUGAAGGAUGGGUGGCAGAAUGCUACCCAGACGUCGUUCUUGGCUCAGCGCCGUAUGGACAGUUUCCUGCGCGAGUCGCAGCGGUUCAAUCCGCCUGGCGAAUUAUCCUUCCACCGCAUCGUCAAAGAAACUCUCACCCUCUCGGACGGCCUCGUCCUCCCCCGAGGAACGCACAUCUGCUUCGCUGCUGGACCUCUGAGCAAGGACGCAAUCUACCUCUCCAACCCGGAUAUCUUCGACGGGCUCCGCUGGUGCCAGGAUCCAGAGGACCGAUAUGCCCUCAUGUCUGAUCCAAGUGAGAAACAAUUACAUGUGCUCAAUGGGUCUACCACCGGCCCUUCCUCUGCCUCGCCCAGCUUUGUCACUAUCAGCCCGGCAAGCAUGCACUUCGGAUUCGGGCGCCAGGCGUGUCCGGGGAGGUUCUUUGCUGUGAAUACCAUCAAGGCAAUUAUGAGCCGCAUCAUCUCGGAAUAUGAUUUCAAGUUUGAAAAUCGUCAGGCUGGGAGGAGGCCUCCCAAUAUUCUUGUUGGGGAGCAUAUCAUUCCCAACACGAGUACGAAUGUCCUUUUCAGGAAACGGUCUAUUGGAUUGUGA